GUGAAGAUGACGACGAACGCGAGCGAUGAUCGAAUCGCGCGCGGAUUGCUCGGCACCGCGAACGACGACGUCAGCGUCGAUCGGUUGGCGUUUCGCUACGUGUUCGUGCCGUGGGACGAGACGCGCGCUAUGGAGGAGCGCGUGAUGGUCAUCCCGCGCGAACGAGAGAUGGAGUGCUUGCUCGACGCGCUGCGCCUACACUUUCGCGUCGAAGGCGCGAAAGACGGCGCGCACGGACGAGACGAGGCGAAACAAAAGGAAAUACUAAAGGCGCAGCUGGAGAGCCACGGCGACGGCGGCGGCGGCGGCGGCGCGAAGACGCUGUCGGACGAUAUGAUGGCGGCAGCGCUGUCGAUGCAGAUGGCGCAACCCGUGCCUUUAUUGCCCGGGUCGAAAAAAACCGGGUUCGUGCACGUGAACAUGUACGUGGACGAUCGAGGAAUAUCCAAAGGUUUGCCGACCAACGUGCGAGCGAGUCGCAUGAGCGCCGAGGCGGGGUCACCGCAGCAAGUACUCGGUGACGCGUUCAUAGCGCGGAUAUUCGACGACGACGAUCAGUUCAAAAGAUUAGAUUUCACGUUGGACGAGUGCUCGAGCGAUGCGGCGUGGAUAAUGAAGGCCAAGACGUUGGCGGUCGAACGCCAAGAAAACGUCGGCGACAUCGCGCGCACCAUGGCCGAGUUCAAGGCCAAAGGCGCGGUAGACUUAGACGCCGAAGCCGCGCCCAAGGCGCCCUUAGAUCCUUCACAGCGCCCGGGUCCGCACCAGGAUUUCGAAUGGAGUCAAGACGACGAAGAAGUGACUCUUAAGGUUCGCGUACCCGCGCACACCACGAAGGCGGACGUCGCGUGCGUCUUCGGCCCCGGCUCGCAGAAGAUGUCGCUGCAGAUUAAAACGUUGAGCGAGAUCGAGGGCAAGUCUAUGCGCGUCGUUGAUAACGAGGGCGAUGUCGAUCUUUUAUUUCAAGAAAUCAUCCCGGACGAAAGCUCGUGGUCGCUCGUGACAAAUCACGGCGAGCGCGCUUUUGAAGCUUCCCUCGUCAAGAGGCUCGAGUCGGUGCGUUGGUUGUCAUUCCUCCGACGCGGCGGGCCUCCGGAGACGACGUUCUGAUGCGACGACGAUUGAAUAGAAUGAGUGCGAAACGCGCGUCGCGCGUGAACGAUGACGCGUGGGUCGACGCGUGCAACACAAACGUGCAAUACAUGUAA